AUGGGUCACACAGUACCGAAAGCCAUAGAAAGAGAAGACGAUAUACAUCCAUUAGUUUCGAAAGAAAUGAGUGAUACAAAUUUACAGCCACCGCCUACAACAAGAUCACCCUCACCGAAAGGGCCAAACAACAAUGAAGACGAGGAGAACGAGGAUUUUGACAUCGAUAGCAAUGAAACAACGCUGCAAAGAAUAAGUAAAGAUUAUUUGAAACCCAAUAUCGGGCUUGUUCUCCUAACAGUAUCAUAUUUCUUCAACUCAGCCAUGGUGGUGUCUACUAAAGUCUUAGAAAACGAUCCGGAUGACAUUGCUAAUGAUAGACAGAUCAAACCAUUGCAAAUCUUAUUAGUUAGAAUGGUAAUAACAUAUAUCGGUACAUUGAUAUACAUGUAUAUUAAUAAGAGUACAAUUUCGGAUGUUCCAUUUGGCAAACCCGAAGUACGCAAAUGGUUAAUAUUGAGAGGUUGUACCGGAUUUUUCGGUGUGUUUGGAAUGUAUUACUCGUUAAUGUACUUGACGAUUAGCGAUGCUGUUUUGAUCACUUUUUUGUCGCCAUCUUUAACAAUAUUUCUGUCGUGGGUUAUUCUGAGGGAAAGGUUUACGAAAGUGGAAGCGCUAGGUUCGCUGAUUUCAUUGAUGGGCGUGGUGUUAAUUGUAAGACCUUCAUUCUUAUUUGGAACGCCCGAACUGACUGACUCUUCUUCUCAAAUAGUUGAAUCAUCGGACCCAAAGUCAAGACUAAUCGCCACUUUGGUUGGAUUAUGGGGUGUUUUAGGGAUGAGUUGCGUCUACAUCAUUAUUCGUUAUAUUGGUAAGAGGGCUCAUGCUAUAAUGAGUGUAAGUUAUUUUUCUUUGAUAACAGCGAUAGUGUCCUUUAUUGGGAUUAACACUAUUCCUUCAAUGAAGUUUCAGAUCCCACAUUCUAAAAAACAAUGGAUACUAUUUGGUAAUCUGGGUGUGUCCGGCUUUAUUUUCCAGCUCUUAUUAACUAUGGGUAUCCAAAGGGAACGUGCCGGAAGAGGAUCUUUGAUGACGUACACACAACUACUAUAUGCAGUUUUCUGGGACGUUGCACUAUACAAGCAUUGGCCAAAUAUCUGGUCGUGGAUUGGUAUGAUAAUUAUCAUAAGUGCUACAUUGUGGGUGAUAAGGAUCAGGGCAGCCAAUAACGAGACAACCGCCAAGGACUUAACCCCAGUAAUUGACGAUGAGGAGAACUCUAUUCCCCUGACAGAGUUUGACAUGUCUGAUUCUAAGUGA